GUCUUCUCUCUUGCAGUCCUUGAAGAAUGCGGUCCAAAAGAGGCAACACUGAGGGCUCAGCCCCAAAGCAAUUCCCAAGACAUGGCAAAUUCCACACUUUCCAAGACACAAAGCACACUGUGCAAGAAAAAGAGUCCUCUACUGAGUCAGAUGGGGUCCUUCCUCAUCUCACGUCAGAGAAGUCACACACUGGCAAAAGCCACCAAGCAGAAGACCUCUCAAGAGAUGACUUGCUAUUUCUCCUCAGCCUUCUAGAGGGAGAACUGCAGGCUCGAGAUGAAGUCAUAGGCAUUUUAAGGGCUGAAAAAAUAGACUUGGCUUUGCUGGAGGCUCAGUAUGGGUUUGUCACUCCAAAAAAGGUGUUGGAGGCUCUCCAGAGAGAUGCUUUUCAAGCAAAAUCUGUCCCAUGGCAAGAGGAUAUCUAUGAGAAACCAAUGAAUGAGUUGGAUAAAGUCAUAGAAAAACAUAAAGAGUCUCACAAGCGAAUCUUGGAGCAACUCCUAAUGGUAGAAAAAUCCCACAGGCAAACCAUAAUGGAGAUGGAAGAAGAAAAGAGAAAACACAAAGAAUAUAUGGAGAAGAGCGACGAAUUCAUAAACUUAUUAGAACAAGAAUGUGAAAGACUAAAGAACCUACUCGAUCAAGAAACUGAGUCCCAGGAGAAGAAGGAGCAAGCAAAGGAGAAGAGCAUCAAGGCCCUGAAAGAAGAGCUGACCAAGCUCAAGUCCUUUGCUUUGAUGGUGGUGGAUGAACAACAACGGCUCACGACUCAGCUUGCCCUUCAAAGACAGAAAAUCCAAGACCUGACCACAAGUGCACAGGAAACGCAUGGUCAACUAGCCCUUGCUGAAGCCAGAGCUCGGGAGGAAGAGCAGAAGGCAACCAGGCUAGAAAAAGAACUGCAAGCACAGGCCACAGAGUUUCACCAGAACCAAGACAAAAUUAUGGCGAAGCUCACCAACGAAGACAGUCAAAACCGCCAACUCCGGCAGAAGCUGGCAGCACUCAGCCGGCAAAUUGACGAGUUAGAAGAGACCAACAGGUCUUUAAGAAAAGCCGAGGAAGAGCUUCAAGAUAUAAAGGAAAAAAUAAACAAGGGAGAGUAUGGGACCUCUGGCAUCGCGGCUGAAGUGGAUGAGCUGAAGAAGCGCGUGCUGGAGAUGGAGGGGAAAGAUGAGGAGUUCAUCAAAAUGGAGGAGCAGUGCAGAGAUCUCAGUAAGAGGCUUGAGAAAGAGACAAUACAGAGUAAAGACUUCAAACUAGAGGUCGACAAACUCAGCAAAAGGAUUACAGCUCUGGAAAAAUUAGAAGAUGCUUUAGACAAAAGCAAGCAGGAGUGCUACUCUCUGAAAUGCAAUUUAGAAAAAGAAAAGAUGACCACAAAGCAGCUGUCUGAAGAACUGCAGAGCUUAAAUGACAGGAUCAAGGAGCUAGAAGCCAUUGAAAGUCGGCUAGAAAAGACAGAAAUCACGCUAAAAGACGACUUGACUAAACUGAAAACAUUAACUGUGAUGCUUGUGGAUGAACGCAAAACAAUGAGCGAAAAGCUAAAGCAAACCGAAGAUAAGUUACAGGCCACUGCCUCUCAGCUCCAGGCGGAGCAAAAUAAGGUAACAUCGGUGACUGAGAAGCUAAUUGAGGAAACCAAGAGGGCACUCAAGUCCAAAACUGAUGCUGAAGAGACCAUGUACAGUGUAACCAAGGAGAGAGAUGACCUCAGAAAUAAACUGAAAGCAGAGGAGGAGAAAGCACGUGAUCUCUUGUCAAAGGUUAAUAUACUGAAAAACCGACUUCAAUCACUGGAAGCAACUGAGAAAGAUUCUGUAAAAAACAAAGUAAACCAAGACUCCAGUAAGUCCACCACAGCAUUACACCAAGAAAACAAUAAGAUUAAAGAGCUCUCUCAAGAAGUGGAAAAGCUAAAACUGAAGCUAAAGGACAUGAAAGCCAUUGAGGACGACCUCAUGAAAACGGAGGAUGAGUAUGAGACCUUAGAGCGGAGGUACGCUAGUGAGAGAGACAAGGCUCAGCUGCUGUCUCAGGAGCUGGAGCAUGUUCAAAUGGAACUUGCCAAGUACAAGUUAGCAGAAAAGACAGAGUCCAGCCAUGAACAGUGGCUUUUCAAGAGGCUCCAGGAAGAAGAAGCUAAGUCAGGCCAUCUGUCCAGAGAAGUGGAUGCAUUAAAAGAGAAAAUUCAUGAGUACAUGGCAACAGAGGACCUAAUAUGUCACCUCCAGGGAGACCACUCAGUUUUGCAAAAGAAACUGAACCAGCAAGAAAACAGGAACAGAGAUUUGGGAAGGGAAAUCGAAAACCUCACUAAAGAAUUAGAAAGGUAUCGGCAUUUUAGUAAGAGCUUCAGACCUAGUCUCAAUGGACGAAGAAUCUCUGAUCCUCAAGUAUUUUCGAAAGAAGUUCAAACCGAAGCAGCAGACAAUGAGCCACCAGACUACAAGAGCCUCAUUCCUCUAGAACGAGCAGUCAUCAAUGGUCAGUUAUAUGAGGAGAGUGAGGACCAGGAUGAGGAUCCUGCUGAGGAAUCUGUGCUGUCCUUCAAAUGCAACCCGUCCACUUCCCUUCCUGUGAACAGGAAACUAUGGAUUCCGUGGAUGAAGGCCAGGGAGGGCCAUCCUCAGAAUGGAAAAAUACAAACUAAGUCCAACGGCAACUUUGUGCAACCUGGAGAUCUAGUUCUAAGUCACACGCCAGGACAGCCACUUCACAUAAAGGUUACUCCAGACCACGCCCAGAAUACUGCCACUCUAGAAAUCACAAGCCCAACCACAGAGAGCCCUCACUCUUACACCAGCACAGCGGUGAUACCGAACUGUGGUACCCCAAAACAAAGGAUUACCAUCCUCCAAAAUGCCUCUAUAACACCAGUUAAGUCCAAAAGCUCCACAGAAAGCCUUGUGAACUUAGAGCAAAGCAUGCCCCCAGUUACCAUGGCAACCUUUGCCAGAGCACAGACCCCAGAGUCCUGUGGUUCUGUGACUCCAGAACGGACAAUGUCACCUAUUCAGGUUCUGGCUAUGACUGGUUCAGCUAGUUCUCCUGAGCAGGGUCGCUCCCCAGAGCCGAUAGAAAUCAGUGCCAAGCACGCAGUUUUCAGAGUCUCCCCGGACCGGCAGUCAUCAUGGCAGUUUCAACGUUCAAACAGUAACAGUUCAAGUGUGAUAACUACUGAGGAUAAUAAAAUCCACAUUCACUUAGGAAGUCCUUACAUGCAAGCUGUGGCCAGCCCCGUGAGACCUGCCAGCCCUUCAGCACCACUGCAGGAUAACAGAACUCAAGGCUUAACUAAUGGGGCACUAAACAAAACAACCAAUAAAGUCACCAGCAGUAUUACUAUCACACCAACAGCCACACCUCUUCCUCGACAAUCACAAAUUACAAUCAAGGGUAUAUGCAGGCAGAAAGCUCCAACAAGGAUCCCUAAACCAAAAUCUACAGGAAUCAGUAGACUUUCUACCAAAACGCCAGUAGGACCUAUGGAUAAACCUAGUCAUCAAAAUGGGUGUGAGAAAUUACACAUCAUAACAACUGUCACCUCUAACACUUUCCUCCACAUAAAAGGAAAAAGGUAAGUCAUACCUAUGUACUGUCUAGGAAGAUCCGUCUCCAGAAAUCUCUGGUAAGCUACAAUC